AUGCUUGUUUCCGCAGUUGGGCACGGCAAUGCGCUGCAUGAGGACGACCACUCAAGUGUCCGAAGGAAGGCUUGCAAUUGUGCCUCACCCAAAGCGGAAGUGUACAGCGCAGUGCAGGACUCGGUUAACAGGGUGGCGAACUGCUUAGCAGAGGUUCACAGGGCUGCUGCUACUGGUGCACAGGGUGCGGUGGUGUGGCUGAGGCAGUUGGAUGGGGGUGAGUUCGAAUUGUAUGAAAAAAAGGCGCAGGGGCAAUCCUUGUGGUUCGGUGUAUGGUGGUUCGUGGGAGAUGAGCUUCGCUGUAUUCUUGGACGUACCAGCUGUAAUGGAGGCGACUCACAGCUCACUGCAUGCCUCAGGACUUUGCGUAAAAGUGCGGACUCACCCGGCGGUCAAUCUAUCUACCAGUCAGGCCAGGGUGAAUUUGUCAGGCUCUUUCCUUAUUUAGCACACGUGCAGGACAUUGGACAACAAGUUUGGCUGGGUGUCGAACGCCUCGGAAAUUGCGCGCGCGUGUCGUUGCUCUCUCGUAUUAACAAUACUGGUUCACAAACUGCGCCAGCAGCUUUUGAAGACGAAACUGGGGUGGACCGCUGA